AUGGCUCCAGUUGGCGACUAUGCCGACAGACCUACUCAACGGCCGGCCCGCGACGACGACAUGGACAGAAGAGACAGUCAUAGAAGCUCACGGAGAGCUCCAGACGGCGGCCGCCAGGAACGACAAAGGUCCCGUGACAGAAGGCGGCGCUCACGAACCCCAGACUCUCCCGGCCGGCAUCGCCGUCGCCGGCAUCGGUCCCACGAUGGAGAGCGUGAAAGGGGCAGUGGCGGUAACCUUGACAUCCGAUCCGGCAGGCAAGAAAGAGCUCGUAACGAUGAGCGUUCAGAUCGCCGAAGACGGCGCAGAGAUGAUGGCGAAUCGGAUGAGGACCGUCGAAGGGACCGUCGAAACCCUGUGAAGCAAGGAGGGCCAUUGCCGUCACAAGAAGACUCCUUCGCCAUUGUGAAAGGGGAAGAGCCGGAGAAGCCCAAGGAGAAGCCUAAUUUUGGCAGCUCGGGAGCACUAGCCGCAGCGUCCAACUCGAUUGCUCAGGCCGAUGGGUCAUCCAUUGUCCUCAAGUACCAUGAACCACCGGAAGCUCGGAAGCCGCCGACCCGAGACCAGUGGAAGCUCUUCGUCUUCAAAGGAGGCGACAUUGUCGAUACUAUUGAUCUCAGCUUGCGAAGCUGCUGGUUGGUUGGACGGGAGAUGGCAGUUGUGGACUUGCCAGCCGAGCACCCCAGCAUUAGCAAGCAGCACGCCGUGAUACAGUUUCGUUACACGGAAAAACGAAACGAGUAUGGAGACAAAAUUGGCCGAGUGAAGCCGUACUUGAUCGAUCUGGAAAGCGCCAAUGGAACCGUACUGAAUGAUAGCAAAGUUCCUGAUAGUCGGUACUUGGAACUGCGAGACAAGGAUAUGAUUCAAUUCGGGAACAGCACAAGAGAAUACGUUGUCAUGCUGGCACCCAGAGAUUAA